AACAAUUUAUAGGAGGACCACAAAGCCAAACAAACAUAUCAAAAUUGCUGUUCUAAUAGAUUUUCCUUUCCACAGUCUUUACUCGCUACAACAAACUUCACAAGAAAGACAAUAAGUUAACCACUUUAGCGAAAAAGUCAUGAAAAAUCAAGAACAAAAAAUCAACCUUGAAACUCUCUCCGAUCAUGAUCAUUGUCAUGAUUUCUUCUCCAACUCUUCUUCUAAUGGCUCGAAUUCUCUUUCGAGGGCUGCAACAUCAUCAUCUUCUUCUUCUUCUUUUUCCUCGAGCAAUGCACGAAUCCCAAAAGAGUACGAAUCCAAAGAAAGCUCGCGAAAAAUUCAAGAAAGCCGAAAUGAUAAUAAUGAAGAGAAAAAGGAAAAGAAGAGGGAUGAGGGCGAUGACAAGCACCCAACCUAUAGAGGAGUACGUAAGAGGAGUUGGGGAAAAUGGGUGUCCGAAAUUCGAGAGCCAAAAAAGAAAUCAAGAAUAUGGUUAGGUACUUACUCUACGGCUCAAAUGGCGGCUCGAGCUCAUGACGUUGCGGCUUUAGCCAUCAAAGGCCACUCGGCUUACCUUAAUUUCCCUCAUCUGGCUCAUCAAUUCCCGCGUCCGGCUUCUUCUUCUCCUAAGGAUAUACAAGCAGCAGCCGCAAAGGCUGCUUCCAUCACAUUUCUUGAAGACGAUGGAGGGGAAGAAGAAGAAGAAGUAGUUCGAGUCGAGCCAAAUCGGGUUGAAUUCAAAAGUUAUCAUUCGUCAACCAAGUUAUUCUUAGAAGACGCUCAAGAAUCACAAAAUUCUCUGUCAAGAGAGGAUGAUGACACAUUUUUUGACUUGCCUGAUCUUUCCUUUGAUGUGGUGGAUCAAAAUGACCAUUAUUGGUGCACAAUGUCCGCUUGGCAGCAGCUGGUUGGAGCUGACACUACUGUAUACCGGCUCGAUGAGCCAUUUUUGUGGGAAUAGUUGGGUUAAAUGCUUGCUCGCAUGGAGUGUUUACAUCAGUCAAAAGU